AUGGCCCUUUGGAAGAGGCCACAGGGACAGAAGGAAGAGGCGGGUCCCAACCUGUCGGCGUCUGCUUGCAGAAUAGAGAAGUUUCUAUUGAAGUCAUAUUUUCCAGUUUCUCUAACCCAGUUUCUUUCCUUCUGCUUUCUCUCUCCUUCCUUGUUCAGUGCCCAGAGCACAAAAAGGGCCUACCCCUUAGAGUGCGCCCGCGCGUCCCCCGCCGAGCGAGCCGGCCGGCACCACCUGCUGGGGGGCAGUAACGGGCACCCCCGCGCUGCCCCCCGAGCCCACCCGUUCACCCAGGACCCCGCGAUGCCUCCCCUGACCCCACCCAACACGCUGGCGCAGCUAGAGGAAGCCUGCCGCAGGCUGGCCGAGGUGUCCAAGCCCCCCAAGCAGCGGUGCUGUGUGGCCAGUCAGCAGAGGGACAGGAACCACUCGGCCGUUGGUCAGGCGGGAGCCACGCCCUCCUCUAACCCAAGCCUGGCUUCAGAAGAUCACAAAGAGCCAAAGAAGCUGGCGGCGGUGCACGCGCUCCAGGCCAGCGAGCUGGUCGUCACAUACUUUUUCUGUGGAGAAGAAAUUCCAUACAGGAGGAUGCUGAAGGCUCAGAGCUUGACCCUGGGCCACUUUAAAGAGCAGCUCAGCAAAAAGGGAAAUUAUAGGUAUUACUUCAAAAAAGCAAGCGACGAGUUUGCCUGCGGAGCCGUGUUUGAGGAGAUCUGGGACGAUGAGGCCGUGCUCCCCAUGUACGAAGGCAGGAUUCUGGGGAAGGUGGAGAGGAUCGAUUGAGCCCUUGGGGUCGGGCUCUGGCGGACUGUGGGGGCCGACACCCACGCCCCGGCCUUGGCCGUGACGGACCGUGACAAGACCUUUUGAAGGAAAACUAAACCAAUGAAGAAGACGAAGUCUAGGGGAGAAUUGGCCACUGGCCACUUGGGGAGGAGGGUGGGGGGAGGGGGAGGUUGGUUUUCAUUAUUCACGAGCUGGGUACUGAGAUAAGAAAAGCCUGAACUAUUUAUUAAAAACAUGACCACUCUUGGCUAUUGAAGAUACUGACUGUAUUUGAGAGACUGCCAUACAUAAUAUAUGACUGCCUAGGGAUCUGAAAUCCAUAAACUAAGAGAAACUGUGUAUAGCUUACCUGAACAGGAACCCUUACUGCUAUUUAUUGAACAAUUGAUUCCCCCUGUCCCCAGUUUAUGGAUAUGCUGCUUUAAACACAGAAGGGGGAGAGAGGAGGUUUUAAUUGCCCUAUCCAAACUUAGGGGUUGAGCUAGGACUGCAUGAAUGAUUUCUUCAUUAAAAGAGGAUUUCUUAUGCUUUGCCCUGCCCUUCUCCAAGCGAAGAUAGACUUUUACAAAUGGUGCCCUACCAUUGACACACGCAGAAAUUGGUGCAUUUUUUUCUUUCUGUGCUGCUCUAUUUUGUCGUGAAGGCCCUGAUUUAUGUGGCAACGUCACCGCCAUGUAGUGUCAUCACAUUGGAUGGGGAUCCAUUGUGGGGUGCAGGGUGGGAAGCCUCCCUUUUGGGACCCCAGAUUUACUCAGUAACUUUUCUAACCCCACCAAGGUCCGGCGCCCCGUGGCGGAGGCUUGCUAGAACCUUGGAGUUCAACUUGUGCUUUUAUUGAGAUAACGACUCCUUGGAGUUUGGGGGAGGGGGAGGUUUUUUGGGUUUUGUGGGGGUUUUUGUUUGUUUUAAUUAGUCUUUGGACCACCGCCGUCCUGGAAACCACCCCGGCCCCCCCCCUCCCCCCCUUGCCCUGCAAAGAAGCGGACAGUUGUGGCAAGACCUAGCAGCACCCUUUCCUCCAGACACCUUCAUUUUGACGUUCGGGUUUUUGUGUGAAGUUCAUCUGUACAUUCUGUUUGCCAUUGUUCCUUGUACUAUAUGUCUGUAUAUAUUGUAUGACAAGAGAGUAUUAAUCCACUAUCUCUAGUGCUUGACUUUAAAUCAGUACAGUACCUGUACCUGCACGGGGUCCUGCUCCGUGCGUCGCCCUAUAUUGAGGGCUCAAGCUUUCCCUUGUUUUUUGAAAGGGGUUUAUGUAUAAAUAUAUUUUACGCCUUUUUAUUACAAGUCUUGUACUCAACGACUUUUGCCAUGGCAUUUUGUUCUACUUAUACUGUAAAUUAUGCACUAUAAAGAGUUCAUUUAAGGAAAUCUACUUGGUACAAUAAUUAUUGCAAUUAAGAGAUGUAGCCUUUAUUAAAAUUUUAUAUUUU